AAGUUUGGCUCUUCAGAUCCCAGUAAGAGGGACUUCUGGGUGGAAGAAGCUUUCCAGAGAAGAUUACCUUCACUCCAGCUACAGUUAUGGAGAGUAGCCCUUACUUCAGCAGUGAACAAGGGCUUUGCAGAGAUGUUGAGCUGGGGAAAGAGAAGGAAAGGAAGGCCAGGUAUCGUGCUUACCAGUGUGCCGCCAUCAUUCUGAGUGUGUUACUCCUGAUAUUGGCCCUCUGUAUCUUCAGUCUGAGAUAUAUAUGGAGCCCAAGCCCUGGGAAGGUAUAUGAUCAUCAGUAUAAAGCCGUACUGGAUGGACUGGAGACUGAGAGCAUGAUGGAAAUCUAUCCAGCACAACACAUCGAGAUCUUCAGGAUGGGAAACGGCACUAAUGAGGUCCUAGAGUUGCAUGACUUCAAAAAUGGCAUCACAGGAAUUCGUUUUGCCAAGCACCAGAGAUGCUACAUCAGGGCUCAAACCAAGGAGCUGCCCAAGCUGGACUCAAAGACUAUCAACGUAGAGGUUAGUGAGACUGAUGAAGUGGAUAUGCAGAUUGUGGACUCUCAGAUAUGGAUCCCUGCUGAAGACCCAAUCUCCAACAAAACAUUCCUGUUGAAUUCCAAGAUCUGGGAGAUUUGCCAAGAUCUGCCUAUCCACUGGAUCCACCCAUCUCCUCUCAGAGAUGCUGAGUUCCACGAUGUAGAGGACGUGGAGGAGACCCCAGAGCUGGAGGCGAGAGGUCCACGUCAGGCCCGGGACGUCAUGGACCAGUUACCAGUAAACGACUAUAGAGAAAUCGGGCUGGAGCUGGACAACAGCCUAGAUGAGCAGGGCUACUGCUGCCAGCACUGUCGUCGGGGGUACCGUUACUGUCGGCGAUACCACGAGCCCCUGGGCGGCUUUUGGCCGUAUCCCUACUAUUACCAGGGAGGACGGGUCAUCUGUCAGAUUGUCAUGCCCUGCAACUGGUGGAUAGCAAGAAUGCUGGGACGAAUUUGAAGGUGCCGGAGGGAACCAAUGGUGCUAUGCUGCUCAGGGGUGCACGUAGACCAGCUUCAUUUGUACGAAAUGCUACAUAUACGCUCAAAAAUUUCCCAUUCUUUGUGUGAAAAAAAAUCUCUUAAAAUAAGGCAAAACAUUAGCUCAUCCUCGGUGACCAUGUCACUAUCAUAAUUAUUUUUUAUAUUAUAUUUGGGUAGUUGAUGGAUAACAAUCAAAAUCAAGAUUAUAGUAUAUAUAUAGUAUAUAGUAUAUAUAGUAGAUAUAUAGACUAUAUAAAAACAGGGAAAUUGCAUAUUUUAGGUGCUAUUUUUUCCACAAUCUCACCUUUGUGCUUUUAUUAAUUUAAUCUGUGGUACUACAAAUGUUAAUACAAACAUUUUCCAUCUCAGACUAUUUUCAACAGCAUUUUGCAUGACAUUUUUACAACCAUAUUAAUAUUAAACCACAUUUGUCUCUCAAUUAAUAUGGUUACAAAAACUGUUAUUAUACAGUUAACUGUUUAAAACAGCGCUAGAUGGAGUCUCAUGUCAAUGGAGAAAGUAUUUCAUGUCAACUACCCAUAUAUAUAUAUAUAUAUAUAUAU